AUGUGUUUGUCCGAGUUCUCAGGAUUGAAAAGCUCUUCUGCUUUACUUUCCUUCGGCAAGAAACUUUCUCCUGAUGAGUUUGUUUCUUCUGUCACUUUCCAGACUUCUGCAGUUGGAAGCAGUGGUGGAUACAGGAAAAGUGUCACCGAGGCUAAACUUAAGGUGGCCAUAAAUGGGUUUGGUCGGAUAGGGAGGAACUUCUUGAGAUGCUGGCAUGGACGUAAGGACUCUCCUUUUGAUGUCAUUGCCAUUAACGACACUGGUGGUGUAAAGCAGGCCUCACAUCUUCUUAAAUACGACUCUACUCUUGGAAUCUUUGACGCUGAUGUGAAACCUUCCGGAGACGCUGCACUCUCUGUUGAUGGAAAGAUCAUCAAGGUUGUGUCUAACCGCAACCCGUCUCUUCUCCCUUGGAAGGAGUUAGGAAUCGACAUUGUCAUUGAAGGAACAGGAGUGUUUGUUGAUAGAGAAGGUGCAGGGAAACACAUUGAAGCUGGAGCCAAGAAGGUUAUUAUUACAGCUCCAGGCAAAGGAGACAUUCCAACUUACGUUGUUGGUGUCAAUGCUGAUGCUUACAACCCCGACGAACCGAUUAUUAGCAAUGCAUCUUGCACUACUAACUGUCUUGCUCCCUUUGUCAAAGUUCUAGACCAGAAAUUUGGUAUCAUAAAGGGUACAAUGACAACUACACACUCUUACACCGGUGACCAGAGGUUACUAGACGCUAGCCACCGUGAUCUAAGGAGAGCAAGAGCUGCUGCUUUAAACAUCGUUCCCACAUCUACAGGAGCAGCUAAAGCAGUGGCUCUAGUGCUCCCUAACCUCAAAGGAAAACUCAACGGGAUCGCUCUCCGUGUACCAACACCAAACGUGUCAGUGGUUGAUCUCGUUGUGCAGGUAACCAAGAAGACUUUUGCGGAGGAAGUUAACGCUGCUUUCAGAGACUCUGCAGAGAAAGAGCUUAAAGGUAUACUUGAAGUCUGUGAUGAGCCACUUGUGUCUGUUGAUUUCAGAUGCUCAGAUGUGUCGUCCACCAUUGAUUCUUCACUCACUAUGGUGAUGGGAGAUGAUAUGGUUAAGGUGAUUGCUUGGUAUGAUAAUGAAUGGGGUUACUCUCAGAGAGUUGUUGAUUUGGCUGACAUUGUUGCCAACAACUGGAAGUGA